CAGUUGACUUGACAACAAAUUUAGCGCGCGCAAUCAGCGCUAUCGCUUCGCUCACUUUGCUUGUGAGUUUUGCGAUGCGAGAGAAUUUGUGAUCUUGAACCAAUUCAACAAAGAAACGAAACAACCGACGCUUGCUCUCCUUUCCUUGCAAAUUUUAUUCGUUUAAGAAAGAAUAUAAUAUCAAAAUAUAUUUAAAAACAAAACGUGCACGUAAUAUACGUAAUAAUACAUCUCCACUCAUCUCUUGAUUGCUUGCAUAUUUGUUUAUAGAAUCAUAUUUAAAUAAUGAACUGGGCUACUGAGUCAGAACGGUCUCUAGAAGAUGAAUUGACUGUAAAAGCAGAUCCAGUGGUGUCUAGUGAUGUUCCCAAUGCAAUACCAAGCACAAUGAAAUUAAUUGUGAAAAACAGACAGAGAAUAGAUGCACAAGAAAAGUCGAAGAGUAGAAAACGACCUCGGCCAAACAGUAAAAGUGAAGCAGAAAAGAAACCAAGACCUCCACGGAAGCCACUGGAGUUGGAGACAGAUAUGUCAGUUCUUGGGAGGCGCCAAAAACAAAUUGACUACGGAAAAAACACAGUUGGAUACCACAAUUAUACAACAAAAGUGCCCUUAGAUCAACGAACUAAAGAUCAUCCAAAGACUCCUGAUAAAUAUACUAAAUACAGCAGAAGAUCUUGGGAUACUCUAAUCAAGUUAUGGAGAAAACAGUUACAUGAAUAUGAUGACUCUGCAGAUAAGACCAAUAAUUCUGAGAACUUCAAGUCAGAAUUUGAUGAUGAGUCAGAAAGUUCGAUUGACUGAAAAUUUUGCAUGAACUUUAUAAUUGUAUGCUUACUUUUAUAGUAGUAAGUUACAGUUUAAGGUUAGAUAAAAAUACUAUGUAUUGUACUGUUUAUUGUAUAUUGAUUGACAUAUUAAUAAAAAUAAUACUAUGUAAA